AUGUGGCAUCUCGUUGGCAAUAUCUUUUUCAUUGCUGGUUUCAUCAUCCAGCUGAACGCCUACUUGUCCCCCGUUCCCUGGCUCAAACAUAAUCCAGACGACUCUUUACUCAAAUUUAUUCCUUAUGAAGAGCCUUCCGGUUAUGUUCCCCCGAACGCCUGUCAACCUGGGACAUUCACCAACUCUAGUACCCGCUUCGUCAACACGUCUGAACCUCUUCCGCGAGGCGAACCGCUGAUGAGAUUCAGACGCUCUACCUUCCUGAAUGAGGGCACAGUGAAACGUGCCUCCAACACCGCGAACUAUUCCCAAGCAACAAUUUGGAUAGGGCCUCUUGGUUCGUGCAAUCGCGAUCUUGACGGGAGGGUGUACUGUACGAAGCCAUCCUACUCAAACCCCCAGUACAACCUGACCCACGUACAGGAUAACAGCGUGUUUUUCUCAGCAAUAAUGUCAGAUGUGAUCCAUCGGCGCGUAAUUUUGGCUACGAUUGUUCUCAACGGCAUCGGCUGCGCGAUCUACUUGUUCACUUCCCUUCUAUGUUUGUGCACGAGUCCCUCUGGGGAUGAUCCAGCAGGAGGUGCAAUCGCCCUCCUCCUAAUACUGGGGAUAGCCGAAUUCUUCAUGAAUUUCGCGAUCUCUGUCACGGACAUCGGUGAAUAUAACUCGAUCGAUAAUUUCUAUGACCCUUCCCCAUGUGGAACGCGUAGGCCAUUGAAGGCCGGUAUCCUGCUCAAAGCUGCCGCUGGUAAAAUGUAUAAUAUGAUUUGGGUUGGCUGGUGUCUCAUGUUCCUCGUUGCCCUUUUUUUCCUUGCCAUGACAAUGGCUUCUCGUUCCCGUUAA